AUGCACAUAGCUCCGGAUAUGAAAACUCAAGAAGCACGCGAUGAGCCCGAGAGAGCCUGAAAGCAUGGAUGAGCUGAAGCACAGCUUCAACUUAGUAUAUAUCUCCAAUGUCUUUCUCAUCUUGGAGGACAUCAGCACAUUGCUUUCGCCUCCCAUCGAAACAUCAAAAACCAAGCAUUCUCAUCUAACUAUUUGUCUUCGCUUUUCCUAAUCGUCCCGCCAUCUAAAGCUCGUCGCCUGCCCGUCUUUGCUAUUCUUCACCCUUUGCCAUCAAAAUGAGCACACCCACGCAGCUAUUUCCCCCAUGCCCAGCUUUUACCGAGAAGAGCCUCGUAGACUUGUCUAGCAAGGUCUACAUAAUCACAGGCGCAACGUCCGGCGUCGGUCUCGAGCUCGCCAAAAUCCUCUACAGCCUGCAUGCCACAGUCUACAUCGGCGCUCGUUCCCACGAACGCUUCAACACAGCCUCUUCGGACAUCAAUGCAGAACAUCCAACCUCGAAAGGCACCCUGAAGCCCUUCAUCGCCGACCUUUCCAGUCUGUCCACCAUCAAGCCAGCCGUCACCCACUUUCUUGCCAACGAACACCGCCUCGACGUCCUCUUCCUAAAUGCCGGCGUCAUGACGCCUCCAGCGGGCAGCAAAACUGCGGACGGUUUCGAUCUGGAAAUGGGAGUCCAUUGCUUAGCCGGCUUCCUUCUCGUUUCUCUUCUGCAACCAAUCCUCUCCAAUACUGCAUCCCACUUCUGCCACCCCAACACCUCCAUCCGUGUAGUCUAUGUCUCCUCACUCCUCAACCUCUCCACUCCCAACGGCGGCGUCCAACUCUCCUCGGGAGUCCCAAAGCAGCUCUCCGGUAUGCAACACUACAUGCAGACCAAAGCCGGCAUCUACUUUCUCGCGCAAGAAUUCUCGCGUCGCCAGAAGGAAAAAGGCCCGGGAACCGAUGAACAAGGUUUGGAAACGCGAAACCCGGCAGGCGUCCUGCACGUAGCGCUAAACCCGGGCUUAAUGAAGACGGAGCUGCAGCGCCACGCUCCGCCGCCUAUGCGUGGCAUUAUGGGCGCCGUCUUUAAAGGGCCGAAGUAUGGAGCAUAUACGGAACUGUAUGCGGGUCUAGCGCCCGACGUUAAGGAUGGGGAUUUUGUGAUUCCGUGGGGGCGUAAGGGAUGCGUGCCGGACCAUAUCCGGGGGAGUACAGGAGCGAAGGCUGGGGAGAAGAGCGUAAGCGCGAGGUUCUAUGAGUGGUGUCAGGAGCAGGCGAAACCUUUCAUGUAGCAGGGAAGAAUGGAGUGAGCCGAUAGAAGGGUCACGAUACAACGGCGCGCUGGUUUUGCGAGCAUGCGAAUGGCCAGAUACUGCGGGCGACGAAAUAUUACAGGGAACGGAGUUCGGGUUGCGCAUCAUGGCAAUGCUAGCAUCACAAUGUAGGAAAGCG